CUUACCAACUUGACCCUGAUGACGACAACGUGGUCUUGAGCAUCAAGGCCACUUUCAAACCCCUAUUGGUCUGAAAACCACGUGGUAUGCUACGGUGAAUCCGCAAUCAUUUCCCAAGCCUUUAGUAUGUCCUCUCUCCACCCCGCAACGUCGAAAAAAUGUCAGACUCCUACUGUCGUAAUCUUCUCGAAAAUAAACCGAACUUCUGGCUUCCGAAUUAAUAUUAUAUAAAUAACUAACAUGACAUGUCCCAACAGCGUGGCCCCGGGUUCUCUCAUGGAUUCCUUGGUAGGAGGAUCUUCCGCCUACAGAGAUGAGGGAUACUGCAACAGUCCUGUAAUGUAUAUGCAAUCGGAUGCUGAGUAUGGCUGUCCUCUGACGAGAAAUUACGGACUUUUAGGUUCAUCUGUCUCCAAACAAAUCGAGGCUUCUCCGAAUGGAUUGUCUCGCAGCGUCUACCAUCAGCAGCAUUAUUUAUCUCAGCUGGACACUUGGGGAGAAGACCCCAAAACUUCUCCUGUAGUACAAGAAUCUGUUACCGUACCCCUGUCAUCCUGUUCUUUCUCCACGGACAAUGUCAAAGAGAAGACUGUGUGCCCGGUGUACCGCGAUGAUUUAAACAAACAGAGUACAGAACCAAUUACCUACACCCGACUGUCCAACAGUACUUUGUCUGAUUGCUCUCCGGUACCUGUGCCGAACUUCUUCACUCUGAAUCAUCAGAACUCAGGUGUAACGCAACAUGUAGAGAACAGGAUCGUGCCAAGUUUUGCUUCGGUAACCAACGUGAUACCUCCCGGUGACAAAUCCUUUCAGCAACCCUUCACCGAUACUGGCAAAGGCAAGCAAAGUCUUCUCGACGCCGAGAUAAAACACGAGGAUCACAGCUCGGAAACAGGGAAGCCAGAAAGAGAGGUGAAAGUAUCCAAGAUGGACAGUGGCACCGACAAUUCGGACAACGAUGUGAGAGAGAUCACAAAUGUGGAAAAGGCGACAGGAAAUUGGCUGACAGCGAAAAGUGGACGAAAGAAGAGGUGUCCAUACACAAAACACCAGACGCUUGAGCUGGAAAAGGAGUUUUUAUUUAACAUGUAUCUGACUCGCGAGCGCCGACUGGAGAUCAGCAACAACAUCAACCUUUCUGACAGACAGGUCAAAAUCUGGUUCCAGAACCGCAGAAUGAAACUUAAGAAAAUGAAUAGAGAGAGUCGCGUGCGUGAACUCACGUCGGACUAUGAGUGCACCUAAAUCUGUAUAUUAAUGCUUUUGUCAAUCCUCGUCACCACCAUCACUUUCCAAAUAAAUAAACACACGUAAAACUCGCGUGCGAGAAUGCAGUAAUUCAUGACUUUUAUUAACAGUCUCGAGAAGAUGGAUCAAAGCACUUAAACAAUAAAAUUUAAAAAAACAUAAUUUCACUUUGCGGUCUGCAGUUCAAAAUAGAGUCUUAUUCUUCAAAAACUAUAGUAAUUCACGCAUAUUAUGUGCAGUGCGCAUUCUUAGAUGUUAUAGCGUUAAUAACUGUCUGUGCUUUUUGUUCAAAACGUGAUGUGCUUCUAGUGUCGUUUUCAUUCAGUAUAUUUCAUGAUAUACAGUACUACUUGUCUUGUUAAAAUUAAUCUGUUUUUGCUGGUUAACUGAUUACUGUAUUAUUUGUUUAUUUUGUAUGCGGUUAAUGUAAUGCCUGACAAUAUAACUUGCAUGUUCUUCCUAUGUUUACCUCUCCGUCUAUACUGGACGAAAUAUACACCCCGUUUGAUAAAUAAAACGGGUUUUGGAAAAGU